AUGUUGCGUCAAUAUUUUCGUUGUAUCUCUUCCUCCACACGUGCAUUAUCUAUACCAAAGAAGAAUCAGCUACCUCCUAGACCCAAAUGGUUAAUCAAUGAAGACGAGCUUGAGGAGAAAUUUCUACAUGGAGGCAGUGGACCCGGGGGUCAAAAGAUCAAUAAAACAAAUUCCAAAGUUCAGUUGACUCAUAAACCUACUGGGAUUGUUGUUUCUUGCCAAGAAUCAAGAUCUCAGGACCAGAAUCGAAAGAAAGCUAGAGAAAUUUUAGCUUUGAAGCUCGAAGAUAUACAAAAUCCUCAAGGAAGUCGCAAUACAAUUUUGAAAGAACGGGCACAAACUGUUAAAGCCAAUAGGAUGAAAAAGGCUAAUAGAAAAUAUAGAGCUUUAGACGAAGAAAGAUCAAAACAAAAAGCAAAAGCUUUGGAAGAAGAGAAUAAAAUGUUGGAAGAGUUGGGAGUUCAGGACAUUGACGACGAAUUUGCAUUCAUCAAAAAUACUAAAGUUGACCUAAAGUGA